GCAGGGCAAUGCUGCUUCAGCAAUUCUAGUUUUCAGUAAAUAUUGCACUGGGGACAAUCUAAGGGAUCACUUGGAUGGGAGUAAGGAGUUGUCUUAUAGUAUCAAAGGAAAUCCAUGGUCGGAGGGUUGAUACUCUUUCAGAGGCAUGGGAAGAACUUUGGAGAAACGAAGAGCGGGAUUUUUCCCCUUACCUGAAAAUUCUCAUGUCCCCUGCGUUUAAAGCUGCUGCUGCUGCUGCUCAACUUGACCCAAAUGUUACUCGGUAUUAUGCAGAAAAGAAAAUGGAAAAGGCUAUGCCUUGUCGCGUGCUGUGUUUGUGUGUUGAUGAGUUGACGAAAUUACUUGUUCCCGAGAUUGGUUCGGUUGUUCAUACACUGAUUCCAUUUUUGAGAUGGGGUCAAGAUCCAACUGUGCUUCCAUUUGCGGAAUGUUAUUCUGCCAAAGCAAUUAGAAUGGCUGCUGCUUCAGCCAUGCCAAAGAUACUGAAUUCAGCUAGAGAAGUUGUAGAAAGCAGCGACCCAGAGGACUAUGAUCACGCUAUGCAAUACGUCGAGGAGUUAUCUGAUAGGGUCAUACGUGCUUUAAACGAAGCUUCAGAUGUGGAACCUGAUGAGAAUGUUCGUUAUGACAUAUUGGAUGCUUUGAAUGACUGCAUACAGUAGUUAGAAAAACAUUAAAAGAAAAAAUGUGUGGCGGGGGUGGAGGCAGCAUGGUGAGGCAUCGAAGUAGAUUGUCUCUCCUCUCUCUAUUCUUCAUCAAAGUAGCCAAGCCAUCGAAGUAGUCAAGCCAUCAUAGCAACCAAACUAGUCGUUGCAUCUGGAUCUGGAUCUACAGCUGCGCUGCCUUCUUCUUCCUUCUCCAGCGCUGCCUUCUCUUGGGUGUUUGAAGCUUGAAUUAGUGAAUGAUGGUGUAAACUUUGCAUUAUAAUAUUA